GACACAGCCGGAACGCAGUGGACGGCACCGAGCACCUCCGGGAAACCCAAAACACCCCCAGAAGCUCCACUCCCCCCCUAAAACCCCUCUGAGUCCCUUUUCCGGUCUCCGGUCCCCGCCGGCCCCGGUCCCGCCCCCGUUCCGGUUCCUCCCCGCGUUUGCGCAGCCCCGAGCGGAGCGGAGCGGGAGCGAUGGUGCCGGAGCUGGAGAAAGCCACGGUCCGUAUCCAGCAGCCGGAACGCGUGAUGGGGAUAAUCCGGUCCCUGAAGGAGCAGGGGACGAGCAAGCUGCAGGUCAUUUCUGACUUUGACAUGACACUGACCCGGUUUGGCUGCAAUGGCAGACGCUGCCCCACUUCACACAAUAUCCUUGAUAACAGUCGUGUUAUCAGUGAGGAUGGCAAGAAGAAGCUGAAUGAUCUGCUGCACCAUUACUAUCCCAUUGAGAUCGAUCCCAGCCGCACCCUGGAAGAAAAGUGUCCCCUCAUGGUGGAGUGGUGGACCAGGGCCCAUGAGCUGCUUACCCAGCAGAAGAUCCAGAAGGGUGACAUAGCCCAGAUUGUCAGAGAGUCGGAUGUGAUGCUGAGGGAUGGAUUCAAUGAAUUGUUUGAUCAGCUGCAUAAGUACAAUGUCCCCCUGUUCAUCUUCUCUGCUGGCGUUGGUGACAUCCUGGAGGAGAUUAUCCGUCAGGCCAACGUCUUCCACUCAAACGUCAACGUGGUGUCCAACUACAUGGACUUUGAUGAGAAUGAAGUCCUCAGGAGUUUCAAGGGACCUCUCAUCCACACCUACAACAAGAACAACAGCGUCCUGCAGGGUACCAAGUAUUUCCAGCAGCUGAGCACUAGGACAAGCAUCAUCUUGCUGGGGGACUCCAUGGGCGACCUGACGAUGGCAGACGGCGUUCCCAAUGUGGAGAACAUCCUCAAGAUUGGCUUUCUCAACGACAAGGUGGAGGAGCGGAGGGGGAAGUACUUGGAUGCCUACGACAUCGUCCUGGAGAGGGAUGAGACACUGGAUGUGGUCAAUGGGAUUCUCCGGUACAUCCUCAUGGAGACGUGAGCCAGGGAGGCAGCAUCCCAGCCCUGCCCCCUCUCCUGGGUGCCUGGGCAGCCAGUGUCCUUCCUUUGAACAAGCUGGAGUGGUGGAUCUGCUGGUACCUCCUGGACUCCAUCCUGAUGCUGGGCUCCUGGCCCUGGGUGUUGUCCACAUCCCCACCUCACUGCUUCAGAGAGGCCUAGGACAGGAGGCGUGAGAUGGAGGAAACUCCUUUACUCCACCUCUGCCCAGCUCUGCUUCUUCCCACUUGGACAUCAUCCGUCUUGGACACCAUCCCACUCUGUUGUCAUCCAAACCAGCACUUGAGGCCACAACAAACCAUUCCAUGUGUAGGUACAGAUGUUCUGCUCUUGUUUCAGCAGCUGAGCACAGAAACAGAGGUGGUUUGCUGUGGCUUGGAUACAGCCCUGGCUCAGGUGGUACCUUUGGAAUUUUACUGUGUUCCUGUCCAAGAAAACAAAUCUCUCUUGUCCUUUUUCCUGUGGAUUUCAAAGUGCCAGGGCUGAGCUCCUGUGGUGCCACCCACUGAUGGGCUGGGUCACCCAUCCUGUGUCCCCAUCAUCACCAGUCUCUCCCUGCCCCAGCCCACAACAGUCACCGGGCUCUGGAGCUGAAUUCCAGCCCGUCCAUGCUGGAAGGUCCCAGGAGUUUGGUUUCUCUCCUGCCUGACCCAGCAGGUGCUGGAGCCCAACACCCCCCAGGCACCAUGCUCCCAGGGCAGGUGAGGCUGGUCCUGCACCACUGCCCAGACACAUAAGGGUGUUUCAUGGCAAAGUAACCUGACACAAAGGCAAACUCUUUGGAAAACAGUAGAAAUUGUUUAUUCAGAGCAAGGUAGGAGCUGUUGUUGGAGGGCUUUGCCGUCACUCUGCACUGUUCUGUUCUUGCGUUUCUUUUAUCUCUGUUGGCAAGACCACACUGUGCAAAAGCUUUUAGAGCUGGUGGGAGGUGAUGGGGCUGUGCUGGUCACAGCUGGCAAACCUGAGAGUGCCCAGUUAAUUACCUGCAUUUGGGCAUCAGAAUAAAACUGGGCUGAUU